AUGACGGCGCGCGGGGCGAACCGCAAGCCUGCUGCCCUCACCCGAGACGCGCCAGCAACCCCCCAGUUUAACAAGCCCCACCGGUCGGUGAUUAUCAUGAGCGCUGGAUUACAACCUGGGGUCUCAAAUUUGCAGGCACUGCAUGAUGCAGUUGAGGGAAGGAGUGGUAAAUUCACAGACAAGGAAGAAGACAAAGAAGAGGACCAAGACAAUGUGGUCGUUGUUGAGGAAGUGAAUAUUGAAUUUGAAGCUUAUUCCAUCUCAGAUAAUGAUCAUGACAGAAUUAAGAAAUUACUGCAGCAGCUUUUCCUAAGGGCUCCUGUGAACACUGCAGAACUAACAGAUCUCUUAAUCCAACAGAACCAUAUUGGAAGUGUGAUCAAGCAAACAAAUGUUUCCAAAGACAGCGAUGAUGAUGAUGUGGAUGAAGAUGAAAUUUUUGGUUUCAUAAGCCUUUUAAAUUUAACUGAAAGAAAGGGUACCCAGUGUGCUGACCAAAUUAAAGAGUUGGUUCUAAGCUUCUGUGAGAAGAACUGUGAAAAGCGUAUGGUUGAAAAGCUGGACAAGCUUUUAAAUGACACCACCAAGCCUGUGGGCUUUCUCCUAAGUGAAAGAUUCACUAAUGUCCCUCCUCAGGUUGCAAUGCCCAUGCACCAGCAGCUUCCGAAAGAACUAGCAGAGUCACACAAAACUAAUAAGCCAUGUGGGAAGAGCUCCUUCUACCUUCUGAUUAGUAAGACAUUUGUGGAAGCAAGAAAAUCUGAUUCCAAAGAGAGAAGGAGCAACCAGAAGGAUAAAUUAAUGUUUGUAAAUGCAGAGGAAGAGUUUUUCUGUGAGAAGGCAGUCCUGAAGUUCAACUACUCAGUGCAGGAGGAGAGUGACACUUGCCUGGGAGUCAGGUGGUCUUUUGAUGAUAUACCAAUGAAGCCCUUGCAAACUAUGAUGUUAAUUCCAGAAAGCAAGAUGAGUGAAAUUAUGGAUAAACUGAAAUAUCACCUAUCUAUUUGGCCCAGUUUUCAUGGACAUUGA